AUGGAUACGUGGAACUUCUCCUAUACUUGUCUGCUGUCCUUAUGGCUGCACAGAUUUUACAUCUAUUCUGUUGUUGCUCUCGGGAUCAGCAUUUGGAUCAUCAAUCAGUUCUUCACUACCAGAAAGAAGGGUGAAAAACCCAAUAGGAAUCCAGCUGCUUCUGAAAGAACAGAAAACAAACUAGUAAAUGGAUACGCCACCCUGCAGGCAAAGGAGGUCUAUGUUGCUGGGGUAAAGAUUUUCUAUGGGUCCCAGACUGGCACAGCAAAGAGAUUUGCCAAAAGUCUGGCAGAAGCAGUUAUUUCCCUUGACUUGCCUGUGGAGGCCAUCAGCAUGGGAGACUAUGAUCCGGAUGACUGUUUAGUGGAGGAGACGACCAGCAGGAACAUCUGUGUGUUCUUGGUAGCUACGUACACAGAUGGACAGCCAACCGAGAGUGCAGUGUGGUUCUGCAGGUGGUUAGAAGACGCAGCAAAUGAUUUCCGCUUUGGGAAAACUUAUCUGAAAGGCCUGAGAUAUGCUGUGUUUGGCUUGGGAAACUCGGUGUAUGUUGAUCAUUACAACACAGUUGGAAGAAAUAUUGACAGAUGGCUGUGGAUGCUCAGUGCCAGCCGUGUCAUGACUCGUGCUGAGGGAGACUGCAAUGUCUCCCAGAGCAGGCAUGGCAGCGUUGAGGCUGACUUCGAAGCCUGGAAAGCCAAGUUUCUCAGUCGGCUCCAGGCACUCUGCAGAGGGGAGAAGAAGCCCUGCAAUGGGAAGUGCAAGAAAGGGAAGUGCAAAUCCCCAGGGAAGCAGAGGAAGGAGGGCACAGAUCAUGAACACAAGACAUCAGAGUAUGAGAAUACUGAGGCAGAGGAGUUGUUUGAAACCAGUAGUGAGGAGGAAGCUGAUGCUAAGGAAGUUGGAGGCACAAAUUCUGUCAUCGAUGUUGAAGAUCUUGGCAAUAUCAUGAGCCACAUGAAGAAAGCAAAGCGAGAACGUGAGCAGGAGGAAGGAGGUGUUGGAAGGAGCUUGGCUGGAGAGCACGCUAGGCAGAAGGAGGAAGAUGAGAAGAGAGAGAUGAUCACCCCGGCUCUGAGGGACGCGCUCACAAAACAAGGUUAUAAACUUAUUGGAAGCCAUUCUGGGGUGAAGCUGUGCCGAUGGACAAAGUCCAUGCUUCGAGGCCGAGGAGGCUGCUACAAACACACAUUUUAUGGAAUCGAGAGCCACCGCUGCAUGGAGGCCACACCGAGCCUGGCUUGUGCAAACAAAUGUGUCUUUUGCUGGAGACAUCAUACGAAUCCAGUGGGCACAGAGUGGCGCUGGAAGAUGGACCGACCAGAAAAGAUCUUGCAAGAGGCUAUUGAGAACCAUCAGAAUAUGAUCAAGCAGUUCAAAGGCGUGUCAGGAGUAAAAGCAGAUCGCUUUGAGGAAGCGAUGACAGCAAAGCACUGCGCGCUCUCGCUGGUGGGAGAGCCCAUCAUGUACCCGGAGAUCAACGGCUUCGUGAAGCUCCUGCACCAGCACAGCAUCUCCAGUUUCCUGGUUACAAAUGCACAGUUCCCAGAUGAGAUUAGGAACCUUGAGCCAGUGACGCAGCUGUAUGUCAGCGUGGAUGCCAGCACCAAAGAGAGCCUGAAGAGAAUCGAUCGACCCCUCUUCAAGGAUUUCUGGCCGAGGUUUCUAGACAGUUUAAAGGCCUUAUCUGAAAAG